AUGAUAACCUCUGAAGAAAGUGCUCUGCUGCUGAGUUCAGUUCACCUGCUCCGGUGGUGCAGGCUCCAGGGGCCAGGGCCUCGGUGGUAUAAAUGUUGUCUGUGUAUUCUCUUUUUCCAGCAUCAUAGACUAACAGUGACUCAGGUGACACCAGUGGAUCAAACACCAUCUGUCCUACAGUUCCAGUACCAGAUUAGUGAGCAGCGUUUUUGUUGUUGGGAAGCUGUCCUGUCAUCAUAUGGUCUUUUCCUGGGAGUCCCACCCGGAGAACUCCCAGAGGGCAGUAAAGAGGGACUCACCAGCCUCCUAGAGUUCGCUGAGGAGAAACUAAAUGUUAGUCAUGUCUUUGUGUGGUUCAGCAAGACCAGAGGAGACUUAUUGGUGCUUACCAGAACAUUCCACUACCUUGGAUUUGAGAUUGUGAGACUUGCCCAACUGCAACUGCCUACAUGGUCAGAUCUGAUGUUCAUGGUAUAUGCCAUGCAGCCUGCCCUCUCUGAUGAAGGAUGA